CCCAAACACGAUCAAAUCCCUUUUCUUAGUUAACUCUCAUAAUUAAUUAUGGCCUCUUUCAAGUGCUCAAUCCUUAUUGCUUUCUUCAUUGCUUUGUCAUUUUCAAGCAUGGAUGUUGGCUUAGCAGCCCGUCAUCUUCUGCAAUUGCCUCCAUUGCCUUCUGUGCCAAAUUUGCCAAAGCCUACAUUACCACCAUUGCCUACCAAUAUCCCAACUCUGCCUCAGCCAACAUUGCCAACUACACAGCCUUCUUUGCCCAACCCAACUGCACUGCCUCCACUUCCUAGCUUACCCACCAUGCCUGCUGUUCCAAAGCUCACUUUGCCUCCAUUGCCAAGCAUGCCUUCAAUCCCCACUAUCCCAACUACAAUUCCCUCUAUUCCGUUCCUUUCUCCACCACCUGGCAACUAAUUAAAUCUUUGAGGCAUCUUUUAUUGCACUUCGAUGGAGUUAUUUUGUGACACUGAUCAUAGCUUGUCUUUUUAUUUAUUUUACGUGUUUGAGCAUUGUCAGUUCCUCGUUAUGAUAUUUGUUUCUACCAUUGUAUUUCUUGAUUGUUGUCUUUUUCUUUUAAAUAUUUGUAUACCGUCUUGGCAACAUUAGCCUAUUCAUUUUAUUCUGUAUCCAAUAUAUAUUUAUUGUUUUAAUUGAUCAACUUAUCUAGUAAAAGUAGGAGAUUUGGUUUAGUCUA